CGUUACCACUCGUUCAUCCCUGGUUCGCCCUCCGUCGUCGACGCUCCCUUCAACGACCAUGAAGUCCUUCUUUGCUUCCCUCGCCGCCGCUGCAGUCUUUGCCUCCAGUGCCCUGGCCCAGCUUACCAUCAACACGCCCACGAACCCUGUUGUCUGCCAGCCCCUCCUGAUCUCUUGGAGCGGAGGAACUGCCCCAUACUACUUGGUUCGUACACCUAAAAGUGUCACUAUAACGACUCUCCCUGACCUUCGCUCCAUCCUUCCUGGAAACCAACCCACCGCCCCAGCCCUCCAGACCUUCCCUACCCAGACUGGCACCUCACUGACCUGGAUUGUCAACAUCGCCGUUGGUACCUCCGUCGGUUUCCAUAUCGUUGACAGCACUGGAGCAUCUCAGGACUCUGCUCCUUUCAGCAUUCUCACUGGCUCCGACACCAGCUGCGUUGGAAAGAACCCCACGAGCUCAGGUGGUUCCUCCUCUACCGGAUCAGGUACUGGUACUGGUCCGGCUACUUCCUCUACCGUUGUCGCUACUACCACAACCGCUGCUACCCAUGCUGCCACUACCACUGCUCCUGGCGCCACCACCACCGCUGCCACCACUAAGCCCGCCAGCUCUGGUACUACCUCCGCCGCCGCGACCACCUCAUCAAAGGCGAGCGGUGCGAUCAGUCAGAACGCACAGUUCGGCGCUGCGGGCGUCGUCGGAGCUGCUAUCAUUGCGCUCCUGGCUUAAAUAGGCGUAGCAACCCAGUGGGUUGGGUUACCUGGGACGCCGCUUCGGUUGUGCACCAUGUUCCCCGCACCGCCUACUUGAUAAAUUAUGGACCGUCACAUGCUUCCGUUCCCCUCACCAAUCUGCCUUGUUGUUUGUUGUUCCUUGAAUAAUUGUAAGACUUUUUGGUGUGCCCUUUUUUUUUCCGCCUCAGGACGCAACCAUUGUUUCGAACGUAGACUAUUACAUACAUUCUUUCCAUGCAUAUAGGACGCUUGGGCCACUCCCUAUUUUAGUUAUGUUGGUCCUCUACAUAGCCAUAUACGGAAUGACAUUCUAUUUCCAUCA